AUUCAUAGUAGAGUAACUGUGGUCUGACUGCAUGUGAUUCAUGAUCCACCCCUAUAUUGCUGAUAAAAGCAAUUCAAUUCAGGGCUGUUAUGGCUGAAGGAGGUAAAAGUGCAAAAGAUGUGUUUAAAGAAGCAGUACCAGAGCUUACAAAAAUACUUGGGAGGGAUCCACCUUUUACCACUGUCAUUGAAUCUCUUAAUGGUAAAGGUUUGAUUACAGAUGAUGAGCUUCGUGCUGUAAAAAGACAAGGCUUAGCAGAACAUCAAAGAGGGAGUGAAGUGGCUGAGAAGCUAAAAAACAAGAUAGGGGACAGUGAAGACCCUGAUGGAUGUCUACUCAAAAUAUGUGACGUCUUUGAAUCUGACACUGUAGACUAUCCUACAUUAAAGGACUAUGGAGCAAAAAUGAGGAAGAGCAUUUCAAUAAAGAAACCUACUCCCAAAAAAUUUUCUGGUGAUGAUGAACCUGAUGGACCACAAGGUGGGUACAUGUAUAUCCUGGAUAAAGCUAAGCAACAUAAAUGGACUAUUCUUACUUUUCUUAUUCUUAUCAUGGCUGUUGCAUUUGGAGUAUAUCAACUUUCACUGUCCACUACUGACGGCACACCUGCUACAUCAAAGGAACCCACUACCCUCCCUUCUAUUCCACCACAGCCAACAGCUACACAAACAAACCCAAAUGAACAAAGUCUAAGUCGAGGUGAUACUAAUGAAGUGUUGAAAGUUUUAAAUGAAGCAAUGUUUGGUCCUGUAGAAUGGAGGAGCUUAGGACUAUCACUGGGUCUCUACAUACAAACACUUGAUGUCAUUGGUAGAACAAAUGGUGAUUCCAAUGAUUAUCUGGAACAAACUGUUAAAAAAUGGUUGCAAAAAAAGGAUAAAGUUACAGGAACAACAUGGGAUGAUUUAAUAAGAGCUGUCAAGAGUACUGGAGAAAAUGCAGCUGCUGAGAAGAUACGAGACAUUGUAAAAAAACAUUAAUUUGUAAUUUUAUCAGUAAUAAUUAUGAUUAUUGCUAUCAUUUACUAGUGUGAAUGAAUCUACACUCUAUCCAUGAA